CUUCCUUUCUGCCGCGGCGUCAGCGAGAUGACGACUCCGGUGCGCCUCGAUGUGGGCGGGACUGAGUUCAAGACGGCGAAAUCGACACUCGGCAGACACCCACAGACGCUGCUGGGGCAGUUCGUGACCAACGAGUCGACUGCUGAGUAUCAGCUGAUCCAGCAGGGCCAGCCGGUCUUCAUCGACGCCGACCCUUCGCUCUUCCCCUAUGUCCUCGACUUCUACCGCCACGGGACGCCCAUCUUCGUCGAUGGCUCGGUGGACGUCCGGAGGGUGAUGCGCGAGCUGCACUUCUUUGGCAUACAACUGGACAGAGCACAGCUGCAGCCCCCCGAUGAGCCCGAGACCAAGCCCCCCAAGAGCGAGACGCUGCGGCGGCUGGCCAAGAGAUUCGCUGAGCUGAUGUUGAGGGAGGACUGGCUGCGCAAAUCCGUGGGGCAGUCAGUGUCAGGAGUGCCACCGCUUAACUUCACACAACUGCUGCAAGAAGCUAUAACGGAGGUGUCGGAAGCAGAAGAGUAUGCCCAAGCUUUGAAGACAAGCCAGGAGGAGCGGGGCAUGUUUCUGGUCUGUGUCGAGGCCGAGGUGCAGAACGUCAAGCCGCGAAAAGAUGUGCAAGUCAGGUAUGCUGCAGUCAGGCCGUAUGUUGGGAAUACUGACGCGGUUUGGUUGCAGUAUGAGUGAUGGGAUGGACUCGACUAGUGUACCAUCAGCUGAACAAAAGUCCGUCCAAGCAAC